CAACCAGGAGCAGCCCCGCCCACUCUCCCGCUCAUAAGCCGGAGAAACCCGUCACUCAUCAUCUAAGCAACGCCCAUUCUACCGUUCAUAGGCCGAAGCUCCCGUCACUCAGGCACACCCGCUCCUGUGUCCCGCUAUUAGUCGAACCGACCCUUCGCUCAUUCACACACCCUCCUGCCCAUAGCUCGCAGCCCCGCCCAUUCUACCGUUCAUAGGGCGCAGCGUCCAGUCACUCAUCAACAAGCACCGCCCACUCUACCCGCAACUUGUCGGAGUGCCGUCACUCAAUCACCUUCUCUCCCUCCCAUAGGCCGCAGCACAGUCCCCGCCUUCAGCUGCCUCCCGCCCCCCGGCCACUCUAUUCAUCAUUAUCUGCUGCUCACACAGACUAAGCCACCAUGGCGGCGCCCAUAGAGAGCCAGCAACAUGGCGCCUGCCCCAUCUUGAUGCUGUCCUGUGUGUGUAUGACAGCGUGUGUACAGAUCAGGGUUCUGUCUAUGUAGCCUACAGAUCAGUGGCGUGCCAUGAGGUUAUUGGCUGGGAUUACACAGUAGUGAAGAAGACAUCCAAUGAGUGUGAGAUACUCAACAGCCAUCCCCGUGUGUCAGGAGGACUGAGUAGAACCCAGAGCCCCAUCCCAGUGCCUCCACCUCACUUACUGACACAUGAGAGACACAAUGACCAAAAGAUCCUGGAACUCACCAACAAGAUCAUUCAGCUGCUGACUGGAGAGGAGGGGGAGUAUAUAGAGGAACACAGGGGUCUGUACAAGGACGUGAUGAUGGAGAAUCACCGGCCCCUCACAUCACUGGAAGGACCCAGUAACAGAGAUAUCUCAGAGAGAUGCCCCCGUCCUCUGUAUACCCAGGACUGUACAGAGGAGUAUCACAGGAUCUCACAGGGGGAUCAGGGUGAAGCCCAAUUAAAUAAUAUUAAAAUCAAAGAUACAGAGGGAGAAGAAGAGACGUAUGUGACUGAUAUAAAGGCAAAAGACAUAGAUGGAGAAGAAGAGACAUAUGUGACUGAUAUAAAGGCAGAAGAUAUAGAGGGAGAAGAAGAGACGUAUGUGACUGAUAUAAAGGCAGAAGAUAUAGAGGGUGAAGAAGAGACGUAUGUGACUGAUAUAAAGGCAGAAGAUAUAGAAGGAGAAGAGACAUACGUGACUGAUAUAAAGGCAGAAGAUACAGAGGGAGAAGAAGAGACGUAUGUGAGGGGUGAUCAGCAGUGGAAGGAGGAGGAGAUCCCUACAGAUAUAAGCACAGCAGAUGGACACACAAGCAGGAAUCUCUCAGAAGGACAUCUAAUGUUAUCCCCGGAUUGUGACAUAAAAAAUAAUGACAGUAGACAGGAUUCUCCAGGAGAUAACCCCAUUACCCCAAUUAUACAUCCAGCUCUAUCAGCUGAUCCCUCUGAUCCUGGGAAAUGUUCUCCUGAUCACUCUGAUAUUGGUGCAUCUGUUACAGCUCUGAGAGUAGAUACAGUGUUUCCCUGUUCUAUAGAUGCCAAAUGUUUUACACAGAACACAAAGCGUAUUAACCCACACACAGGUAAGGCAGGUGAGAGGCCACUGACAUGUUCUGAGUGUGGGAAAUGUUUUGCACGGAAAUCACAUCUUGUUUUACAUCAGAGAAGUCACACAGGUGAGAAGCCAUUUUCUUGCUCUGAGUGUGGGAAAUAUUUUAGAUGGAAAUCACAACUUGUUACACAUCACAGAAGUCACACAGGUGAGAAGCCAUUUUCUUGCUCUGAAUGCGGGAAAUGUUUUUCCCAGAAAUCACAACUUGUUACACAUCAGCGAAGUCACACAGGUGAGAAGCCAUUUUCUUGCUCUGAGUGUGGGAAAUGUUUUUCCCAGAAAUCACAUCUUGUUAUACAUCAGGGAAGUCACACAGGUGAGAAGCCAUUUUCUUGCUCUGAAUGCGGGAAAUGUUUUUCCCAGAAAUCACCACUUGUUACACAUCACAGAAGUCAUACAGGUGAGAAGCCAUUUUCUUGCUCUGAGUGUGGAAAACAUUGGUUAAAUAAAUCAAAACUUGUUAUACAUCAGAGAAGUCACACAGGUGAGAAGCCAUUUUCUUGCUCUGAAUGCGGGAAAUGUUUUUCCCAGAAAUCACCACUUGUUACACAUCAGCGAAGUCACACAGGUGAGAAGCCAUUUUCUUGCUCUGAGUGUGGGAAACGUUUUUUCUUCAAAUCACAACUUGUUAUACAUCAGAGAAGUCACACAGGUGAGAAGCCAUUUCCAUGUUCUGAGUGUGCGAAAUGUUUUACAAAGAAAUCACAUCUUGUUAUACAUCAGAGAUGUCACACAGGUGAGAAGCCAUUUCCAUGUUCUGAGUGUGGGAAAUGUUUUGCACGGAAAUCACGUCUUGUUAGACAUCAGAGAAGUCACACAGGUGAGAAGCCAUUUCCAUGUUCUGAGUGUGGGAAAUGUUUUACACAGAAAUCAGAUCUUGUUAAACAUCAGAGAAGUCACACAGGUGAGAAGCCAUUUCCAUGUUCUGAGUGUGGGAAAUGUUUUACACGGAAAUCAGAUCUUGUUAUACAUCACAGAACUCACACAGGUGAGAGGCCAUUUCCAUGUUCUGAGUGUGGGAAAUGUUUUACACAGAAAUCAGAUCUUGUUAAACAUCAGAGAAGUCACACAGGUGAGAAGCCAUUUCCAUGUUCUGAGUGUGGGAUAUGUUUUGCACACAUAUCAAAUCUUGUUAUACAUGAGAGAAGUCACACCCGUGAGAAGCCAUUUUCUUGCUCUGAGUGCAGGAAAAGUUUUACCUGGAAAUCCCUACUUGUUAUACAUCAGAGAACUCACACAGGUGAGAAGCCUUUUCCAUGUUCUGAGUGUGGGAAAUGUUUUGCACUGAAAUCAGAUCUUGUUAAGCAUCAGAGAAGUCACACAGGUGAGAGGCCAUUUCCAUGUUCUGAGUGUGGGAAAUGUUUUGCACACAAAUCAGAUCUUGUUAGACAUAACAGAAGUCACACAGGUGAGAAGCCAUUUCCAUGUUCUGAGUGUGGGAAAUGUUUUACACAGAAAUCACAACUUGUUAUACAUCAGAGAAGUCACACAGGUGAGAAGCCUUUUCCAUGUUCUGAGUGUGGGAAAUGUUUUGCACACAAAACCGUUCUUGUUAGACAUAACAGAAGUCACACAGGUGAGAAGCCAUUUCCAUGUUCUGAGUGUGGGAAAUGUUUUACACGAAAAUCAGUUCUUGUUAUACAUCAGAGAAGUCACACAGGUGAGAGGCCAUUUAUAUACUCUGAGAAAUAAAUCAGCUCUUGUUGCACACAAUAGACAUAGACCUGUCUUCUGCUCCGGGUACUGAGAACCCAGUACCAAUCCUAAAUGGUUGUCUAGCUGAGCUCCAGGUGUGGGUGAUGCCAGUUGGCUGUGACUCAGUCCUGGUGAAACAGGUCCUUAUGAUAGAAGCUCACCAACAAAGGACAGGGCUACAGCUCAGCUUUGCCUACCAACCAGAAUUACGCUUGGGGGUUCAGAGUUACAAAAUGCUGAUCAUGGGGGUGAUUCCGAGUUGUUCGCUCGCUAGCUGAUUGUAGCAGCAUUGCACACGCUAGGCCGCCGCCCUCUGGGAGUGUAUCUUCGCUUAGCAGAAUUGUGAACGAAAGAUUAGCAGAAUAGCGAAUAGAAAAUUCUUAGCAGUUUCUAAGUAGCUCCAGACUUACUCCUACACUAAGAUCAGCUCAGGCCAUUUUUUUCCUGGUUUGACGUCACAAACACACCCUGCGUUCAGCCAGGCACUCCCCUGUUUCUCCAGACACACCCGCGUUUUAUCCUGGCACGCCUGCGUUUUUCUGCACACUUCCAGGAAACGGUCAGUUUUCGGCCAGAAACACCCACUUCCUGUCAAUCACACUACGAUCACUUCAACGAUGGAAAUUCUUCGUUCUGCCGUGAGUAAAUCUGCAAAGUUUUGAACUAAAAUACUUGUCACACUGCGCAUUUUCGCAUUAAUUGCUCCGUUGCUAAAAUCGGCAACAAGCGAACAACUCGGACUGACCCCCCAUAUGCGGAAUCUUGGUGUCCUAGAUGGUGGAGUGACACUUAGACAUCAGGUAUCAGCCACAAUCAUAUCCUCAUCUGAGGAACAUAGCCAGACUCCAGCACUUCUUUACCUCAGAAGAUCUACCUACAGUCAUACAUGCACUUUUAUCAUCACUCACGCACAGAACCAGUUGAUAAUUAGCAAUAAAGGUUAUGUCAAAGCGCUAUGAGGGGAAGGA